UUACGUAGAGGAAACGUCGCAUGAGUAUGUGAGUAGCAGGAUGUUUACUCUGAAUAAAGAUGGACCAGGCAUAGCCAGCUAGCUUGCCUUCUUUUACCCGUUUGUUUGUUUUAUUUUAUUUUUCUGUAUUUUUAUACUGCAUCGAAUAGCUAGCUAAAUGGAGAUCGCAGGUUUAUCAUGAAACAGCGGAGUCAGUAUGACAGAGGAAAUUCUUACGAGAACCGAAGAGCGUUGAAACUGAGGGAAUCUCCCAUUGUAAUGCAGACUAAUUCAUCAGAGGAAAACACUCCCUCAGGAAAUGGCUUAUCCCUAACACUGCAACCAGAGCGACUUCCGAGGACACCCAACACGGAUGGUUCCAACACCUCGGAACCAGAUGAUGUCCGCGUCUCCAUGACUGGUUUAUCGACAGGACCCAGCGGGAGACCUGCAUCCCGAAGAGCCCGUGCAGGUUCUCACAGUCACUCGCAUUCCCAUGGACACAGCCGCCCCCAUUCUCACCACGAACCUGAAAACGAAUCUAUCGAUCCCGACUUGGAGUCAGGAGAGCCGAGCACCUCCUUCUCUGAAUUCCGUUACCUUUUUCGCUGGAUUCAAAAAAGUCUUCCGUUCAUAAUCAUCCUCAGUGCUAAGCUUAUUAUUCAGCACGCCUUGGGGCUUGCUGUUGGAAUUGGCUUGUUUACAACUUUUUUAUAUGUAAACAAAAAUAUUCAGACCCAAGUGUUCCUCCAGGAUCGACGUUCAAAGUUGCAGUGUGUUUGGCUUUUGCUGUUUCUGACAUCUUCCACACUUUUGCUCUACUACACUUUCCUCAGCGAUGCACUUUACUACUGUCUCAUUUUUAUGAGCCCUAGUAUCGAGCCCCUGGGCUUCUGGGAAGUCUUAUGGGCUGUUGGGGUGACCAACUCUGUUGUGAAGUUCAUCUUCAUGGGAUUAAAGUGCCUUAUUCUCAUACUCCCCCCCUCCAUGGCUGCAUACAGGACUCAGGGGAAAUGGUUUAUGAUGACAGAGGAGGUUGGGCAGGUUUACCAAGCAGUGGUGCCCAUGCCAACCUGGUUUCGCUUCCUGGUGACGUACCAGGAGAUGGAUGGUCGCACCGGGCUGACCCUGGGCAUCCUGCUUGCUUUGGGCUACCUAAUACUGAAGCUUUUGGAACUUUAUGGACAAUGGGGUUCUCUCCAGAAGACAACCAGCAUCUUUUUCAGCAACGAGCAUAGCGGGGCCGCAGCCACCAAGAGUCAGUGUGCUGACGCAGGGGACGUCUGCCCCAUAUGUCAGGCAGAGUACAGGGAGCCCAGAGUCCUCCUGUGUCAGCAUAUCUUCUGCGAGGAGUGCGUGGCUUUGUGGUUGAACCAGGAGAAGACGUGCCCUCUCUGCAGAACCGUAAUCACGGACAAAGUACACAAGUGGAAAAACGGUGCCACUUCUGCUUACUUACAAAUAUACUGACUGGGAAAGAAAAGAUGAAAGAAAGGAACUGGGAAGGGGACGUUUAAUAUGAGGAAAAACCACCUCAUUUUGAAAACCACUUGACUAGCGUGGUUGGGCACUAGGCACAGCUGCUGUGAAUGUGCGACAGCUGUUUGACAGCAAUACUCCUCAGUGCACAAAGGGUAACCAUCCCUGCCCCCUAGUGGUGGCUUCAAGGGCUGAGUCUCAGUCUGGUUGGUUUCAGUGUGGACGUGUCUUGCAAUUUGCACUCCAGCGUGAUAUCAUAACCUCCCCAUUACCUUUGAAUUUUUCCCAAUCCCUUAUUGAUUUAUAAUAUAGUUUUAUUCAGUUUGUAAAAAAAAAAAAUAUGUUUUUGUUCAUGCAUCCUCAUGUGUGUAUGAGGUGAUGAAAAACAUUUAGGGGAGUUUAUCAUGUUGAGCUGAACCAUUUUGGGGAGCUUGUGGUCAAGUUGGGCUAGACCAUUUAGGUCAUGGUUAUUGUGGGGGGGGACAUCAGUGCCCAGUGUUUAUUAGUUGAAGUCCACUCUUGGAUAAGUUAAGUGGCAAGAGGUGGGGAAUAAUAGGUUUCAAAUGAUGCUUUACCUUUGCUCUCUAUUAUUGAGCAUUUUCAUUUUUUUUACCCUCUCUUGCAUUCAAAUAUGCUUCAUUGUAUUUUGUGAUGGGUUUGGCAUGGUUCUACAAAUCUUGCCCGAUUCAUAUAUUAAUUUUUCAUCUGUGAUCCAACUUGAAUCAUUGAUCAUGAUUCGUGGGAUCUCAUUUCCUAACAAAUCUGACUACUUUGUAUUUCAAUUUUGCGUUAUGUGCAAACAUGUAAAACACCGUCGGAUGUUCAUGUGAUUUAUUUUUCUAUAAAAAUGUACACACAUAUUAGAAAGAAAACCAAAGAAUUAAGGAAGAAAUAGAUACAUCUAUUUUCUUACUAUGUCCCACAAUAUAGUUGAAUCGUGUACAGUGUUUUUCCUAAAUGAUAUAUUUCUCAUUAAUAAAUAAAUUGUAGUUGAUUAACUUCA